UUCUUUUCCACCAGAGGAUCCUACGAUCUAGUUACAAAGUUUUACGGCCGACACCGCAAAUUCGCCCACCAUGUCCGAAGAAGGCGAGCACAAGACGCUGGCGCCGUCAAAGAUGACCUCUGAGGUUGACGCACACACCCCGGUCGAAAUGCUUCGCCUCGCAGAACAAGCCGGCGUAGCAAAAGCGAAUCUCAGCUGGCUCGAUCUGAUCAUCAAAUCCUUCCUGGGUGGUGUCUUCAUCUCGCUCGGCGCCGCCUUCGACUUGGUCGUUGCUGGUGGAUCUCCAGGCCUCCGCGCCAGCAACCCAGCCAUCGCAACAAUGCUAGCCGCCUUCGUCUUUCCCAUCGGUUUCGUCAUCAUCAUGUUGUUCAACGUCGAGCUGUGCACUAGCAACAUGUUUGUCAUGGCAUACUCGACACUGCGCCGCCGGACCACCAUCUACGACCUGCUCAGGAAUUGGAUAGUGAGCUACGUUUUCAACAUCGCAGGCUGCUUAUUCUACGCUGGAGUACUUUGCUACUGGUCCGACACUUUGUCGUCAAGCGCGCAGAAGGACUACGCGGCGACACAAGCCAACGGUCGUGUCAAUGUCAAUUGGGGAUACAACGUAACUCGUGGCAUCAUGUGCAAUUGGCUUGUUGGCAUUGCCUUUAUGUUCUUUACCGAGGCACGCGACUUGCUCUCCAAGAUCGUCGGUAUCUGGAUUGCCAUCUGGACGUUCGUUGCGAUGAGUUACCAGCAUUCAAUCGCCAAUUACUUUCUUGUGCCAAUCGGCAUGUUCUAUGGAACAGAAUUCGGUGUCGGCAAGUUUGUCUGGGCUAGCUGCAUUCCAGUCACUAUUGGUAACAUCAUUGGCGGUGCUUUUUUUGGUGCAUUCGCGAUGUGGACGGUAUAUGGCAGGCACGAGCUGUCUGUAAAAGAGCUUGAGAGGCAAGAAAGCUACGUCGGCAGGGUAUGA